AUGGCAAUAGAGGGAAAGGGUGAAGUUCUUUUUAUUAUCCAAAUAAUAUGUCUUUCUUUCACGUGGAUUUCAGUAUGUCUUCGGCUUUACACGAAAACUCAAGUUCUAGAUGGAAAUAAAUGGGAAGAUUACCUUAUGUAUUUAGCUUUUUUUCUCUACAAUACGCAAAGUAUAUUUGUAAUAUAUGGCAUUGCUUUAGGAGGCAUAGGCCAACCAGUCACGGAUUUAACGGCUUCCCAGAUUCGCAUAGCACUCGCGGCAUGGUAUGUUUGCGAAUCAAUUUAUGGGCCGCUAUCCGCAUUUGUCAGGACCUCUAUUGGCAUAUUUAUUAUUCGUCUCUCAGCUAAAACUACGAAAGCGAGUGCGGCUAAGACUAUUAUAUUGGCUUCCCUGAGUCUUAUGUGGGCUUUUACUAUAGUAUACCUCUUUAUUAAUAUUUUCCAAUGUUCACCCGUGCCCUUCUAUUGGCGGCAGUUUGAAGAAAAUCAUGCGCAUGGUUCUUGUCGGAAUUCAAAACGAGUGCCAGUUGCUGCAAUCUGCCACAGCGUCUUUGCAGCCCUUUGCGACUGUAUUCUUGGAUUCUUACCAAUUUGGACGCUCUGGAGAGGCCAGUUCGGAUCGUUAAAACACUUCAGUCUUCUUGGUCUCCUCAGUUUUGGUAUAGUGGCUGGUGUUGUAAUGAUAGUUAGAAUACCAUAUAUUCGGAUUUUAGAAGUCUCCGCAAACUUUCUCGCUGAGACUGUUGACGUCGCGAUUUGCUCAAUCAUAGAGCCAUGCCUUGGAAUUGUGGCAGGAUGUCUUCCAGCCAUGUGGAGUUUGCGUAGGAUAGUGAAGCGAUGGUGGUUCCGUGAUGAACCGCAUCAAACCCAUUCUGCUCGCGGUUUGGUUCCUAGCGGUAAUGAUUGA